GUGACCCAUUUUCAUUCCAAAACCAAAACUCAAAGUGCAAUGGCUGGAUCAAAAGAGAUACCUAGGCAGCAAAGGAAACCCACCCAUUUGGUUCUUUUCCCAUGUCCAUUACAAGGCCACAUAACUCCCAUGCUUCAGCUGGCCACAAUCCUACACUCCAAAGGAUUCUCCAUCACCAUCGUCCACACUCAUUUCAACUCUCCCAAACCAUCCAACCAUCCAAGCUUUAAUUUUGAACCCAUAUCCGACGGUUUAUCAGCCGAACAAGCACAGAAGGAUGAUAUAAUGUCCCUCGUUGCUCUCCUUAACAUCAAUUGCCAUAGCCCAUUUAGUGAUCUCAUGGCUCGGAUGCUCUCAAAGGAGGAUCCAUGUGAUCAGAUCGCAUGCAUUGUUUCCGAUGCUCUCAUGCACUUCACACAGUCUGUGGCGGACCAGUUGAAGAUCCCAAGGAUAAUCCUACGGACGAGCAGCGCCACGUCCUUUGUCACAUGUGCUGCCUUCCCACUGCUCCGGGAGAAGGGCUAUCUUCCUAUACAAGAUCCUCAGUCUGAGACGCCAGUGUCCGAGCUCCCACCGCUCCGGAUCAAAGAUCUACCCAUCUUCAGCACAGACAAUUCGGACACAUUGUACCAGUUGGUGGCCCACAUGAACAACGAAACAAGGAACUCUUCAGGGCUCAUCUACAACUCCUUCGACCACAUUGAAGAAACCGCAUUGGCGAAAAUCCGUCAAGACUUCCCGAUACCGUUCUUUCCGAUAGGCCCACUUCAUAAGUACUCAUCAGGAUCGUCCAGCAGUUUGCUAGCACAUGAUCAGAGCUGCAUGAUCUGGUUGGAUAAGCAGGCAGCAGGGUCCGUCAUCUAUGUCAGCUUUGGGAGCUUAGCUUCCAUGGAGAAAAAAGAGGUAGAGGAGAUUGCAUGGGGCCUAGCCAAUAGUGGUCAGCCCUUCUUGUGGGUGGUUCGAUCCGGAUUGGUCCAUGGGUCAGUGAGGGCUGAAAUGCCAGAUGGGUUCGAAGAGGAGACACGUGGGAGGGGCUUGGUGGUGAAGUGGGCCCCACAGCAAGAGGUACUGGCCCACCCUAGUGUGGGAUGUUUUUGGACACAUAAUGGCUGGAAUUCAACGGUGGAGAGUAUAUGUGAAGGGGUGCCUAUGCUAUGUUGGCCUUUUUUUGGUGAUCAAAAGGUGAAUGCUAGGCUUGUAAGCCAUGUAUUGAAAGUGGGUGUGCAACUAGAGAAUGGGCUUGAGAGAGGGAAGAUAGAGUGGGCCAUAAGAAGAUUAAUGGUGGAGAAGGAAGGAGAAGAGAUGAGGAAAAGGAUAAGGAAACUGAAAGAAAAGGCUGACUGUUGUUUAAGAAAAGGGGGUUCUUCUUAUGAGUCGAUAGAUAGGUUAGUAAAUUGUAUCUUGUCAUUGUAAUGCACGACUCGUCCGAUUCGACUUGGAUAUGGUAAUACUAGAUCCGGAUACCACAAGUCGUCCUGGGGCGACUCGGGUUAAUUACUCUGGCUGAUACACCACCCCAUUCAGGCGAGCUGUGACUCGACUCUAAACAACGAGUCUAUCUGAGUCUAAAAGCCAUGUUGUAAGUUGUAACCUUUGUUCUUCACUUAAGAGAGUUGUGUAAUAAAAAAAAGCAAUGUUAGAAUGGCAACAGUUGCACCUUA